CACCAUAACCUAAAUUAUAGGGUAGGGUUAGUGACUGGUAAAUGUGUAUACACCAACACAGACACGAAACUGCUUGACAGCUGCCACGCCGUCUACGAAAAAUGGGAAAACCCGCUGGUCUUAACGCUGCUCGCAAGCUUCGCAACCACCGCCGUGAGGAGCGCUGGGCUGAUGCUCACUACAAGAAGCGCCUUCUCGGUACUGCUUACAAGUCUUCUCCCUUCGGUGGUUCCUCUCACGCCAAGGGUAUUGUCGUUGAGAAGAUUGGUGUCGAGGCCAAGCAACCCAACUCUGCCAUUCGUAAGUGUGUCCGUGUUCAAUUGAUCAAGAACGGCAAGAAGGUUACUGCUUUCGUCCCCAAUGACGGUUGUUUGAACUUUGUCGACGAGAACGACGAGGUCCUCCUUUCUGGUUUCGGUCGUAAGGGCAAGGCUAAGGGUGAUAUCCCUGGUGUCCGUUUCAAGGUCGUCAAGGUCGCCGGUGUCGGUUUGUCCGCCCUCUUCCACGAGAAGAAGGAGAAGCCCAGAUCGUAGACAAUCUAUUUUGUCGCAAGUGAAUGUUUUACAUGGGGGGAA